AUGCCGAUUAUUAUUCGAACUGCCUGCGGCGGUAAGGUUUUACCUUCCUGCCGGCAACCCGAUUCGACUGGGGAUGCCUCCUCUGAUUUUGAUAUUGCGAUUUCGAAUGCCUCUGAAGUGUUCGAAAACCUUUCGAAUAGACUUAGCAGUUUCAACACCAACUUUUUCCUGGACCUGCUCUCCAAGAAUGAUCCAGCUCCUACUCCAAAGUCUGAUUUGGAAAUAGAGAAACCAACAGAGCCUGUGCCCGUUCCCGAGCCCAGCAUUCUACCCGAGACCACCGAACCUGAAGAGGAAGCCUCGGCGUCCGAACCAGUGUUCACCGAAAUACCGUGCAAAGAGCCCCCGACAAAGAAGAGACGGAAGAAGAAAAAGUCAGCCGUGGAAACAAAAGCCUCUUCCCCACCCAAGCCCGUAGCCAGCCCGCCACCUUCCAGUGCUCUUCCGACGCCUGAGUCACCCCCACCAGUCCCAAUGGAGAUCGCCGAAGAAGCCGACACCCAAGCCUCUCCAAUUGAUAACCAUAAAGAAAUCAAUGAAGUUUUUGAAAGUGCUUUUCCGCGGACUCCCUAA